AUGCGACUCGAAGGAAGACUAAAUAGAAGGAUGAGACCAGCAUGGGCAGCAUUCCUACCCCUCAGGAUAGGUACGGACAAACUGACGGACCAAGAUCUCCGUCUCUAUCUGUUCGACUCGAUAGUUGUUCCAAUGCUUUGUUUCGCAGCGGAGACGUGGGCAAACACCGCUGCCACGUCUAGGAAGUUAUUUAUUACCCACAGAGCCCUUGGGAGAUAUUUUCUGAAGUUUAACCGCCGCACACAACACCUAGCCGGUCUCCGCAACUCCGACUCAAGAAGAAUGUCCCGUCUUCGCGACCCAGCGGAAUAUAUAGUGAAAGCAAAGCAUAGAUGGUCCAGUCACAUUAUGAGAAGAAUCGACGAUAGAUGGACUGAAAGAACGCUAGAGUGGAUCCCACGAGAUACUAAACGCCCUCGAGGGAGACCGCCAACGAGAUUGGGUGACAUGAUCGUUACACGGAUGUACCGGCUGAGAGCUCAGCUGAGCGGUUCAAGGACCUCGUCAACGUCACUAACCAAACUUGAGAAGAUCCUCGAUGACAAUGGCGACGGUACGAAGCAAGUGGAAAAGAUGCCGGGGCCCGCUUGUAAAAUGAAGACGGGCCAUCUGAUCUGA